AUGUGUUUUUCAGAUGCCCGUUACGUCAUAUCGCGACGCGGGAACCCGAUGAUAGUUUACAACGGAGUUAACUUCAUUAGGGAGAGAACGAGAGGGGAACGUACGAGAUGGGUGUGCGGCAGAAAGAGACGGAGACAGUGUAUAGCCAGUCUAACAACAGUUGACGGAGUGUUGGUGAAGAGCUAUGGCUUCCACAAUCAUAGCUAG